CUUGAAAGCUUUCUGAAGUGAGACGGGACGGGCGUCUAUCGCUCGUCGUGUAAAACCAAGUAAAGCGGUAGUAAAAGUGAUUGCAAGAAGAAGCGCGGCUCCAGCGACAGCCCGAGCCGAGGAGGUGUGACCGGCCGGCCGCGCGAGACACACUCGCUCUCUCUCUCUGCCAGUGACACUGACUGGCGGGAAAGAGAUCAAGAUGGGAACGACGCGAGCGACGCGCACGAGCGGGCUGAGCGGACUGAGCGGCUCUUCGCGGAGCUCCCUCACCCUCCCGCUGCUCUGCGUGCACCUGCUGAGCGGCUGCGCGCUCACGGCCUCCUACAACGUGGACGUGGACUCGCGCAUCGCCGUGCGCGGUCCCGCGCGCUCCUGGUUCGGUUACUCAGUGCUGCUGCACACGUUCGAGGGUCGCUGCUGGCUCCUGGCUGGUGCCCCGCUGUCCUCGUGGCCCUCGAACCCGUCUGUGAAGCAUCCCGGCGCGCUCUUCAAGUGCCAGGUGCCCCGGGAGAAGCCCUGUGAGCAGAUGGACAUGGGGAUCAACAGCAAUGACGCUGGCUGCGGGAGAACGUGCGCUGCGGAGUACGACAGUCAGUGGCUCGGAGUGAGUCUGUCCGGAGACCGCAGGGACGGCCGGGUGUUGACCUGUGGACAUCGGUGGAAAAAUGUGUUCUACUCCAAGAGAGAAAAGCUACACAAGCUACCACAUGGCAUUUGCUACCAGCUAGAGCCGGAUUUGAUACAGUCCAGACGCUUUAUUCCGUGCUAUAGAGAUCACCAUCGCAAAUUUGGUGAAGACUAUGGGUCUUGUCAGGCUGGUAUAUCCAGCUUCCUCACUCAGGACUUAGUGGUGAUGGGAGCACCUGGGACCUCUUAUUGGACUGGUUCGGUUCUGGUCUACAACAUGUCCAGCCACCAGCCAUCAGCCUACCUGGACAAUGAUAACAUCGUUCUCCAUGGGAGCUAUCUAGGAUACUCUGUGGCCGCUGGUCACUUCAGACACCCCAACACAACUGAAGUUGUGGGAGGGGCCCCCCAGCAUGGGCAGAUGGGUAAAGCAUAUAUAUUUAAAGUUGAACCACCAAAUCUGGAGAUCAUCUUUGAGGCAAAGGGCAAGAAGCUGGGUUCCUACUUUGGCUCAAACGUCUGUGCUGUCGACCUGAACUCGGAUGGUCUCUCAGACCUGCUGGUGGGAGCGCCCAUGUACAGCUCUGUGAGGGAGGAAGGACGAGUGUAUGUCUACAUGAACCUGGGAGCUGCUGACAUGAGUGAGCAGGAGUUCACGUUGGAGGGGAGCAACUCUUAUGCUGCCAGGUUCGGGGAAACCAUAGCAAAUCUGGGAGACAUCGAUGACGACGGCUUUCCAGAUGUGGCAGUUGGGGCACCACAGGAGGAGGAGCAACAGGGAGCUCUUUACAUCUACAAUGGGAGGAGGACAGGGAUCUCCAGAACCUUCUCUCAGAGAAUUGCAGGGAAAGCACUAGGUUUGAAAAUGUUCGGACAGGCAGUGUCUGGAGGUAUCGAUGUCGACGGCAAUGGUUACCCUGAUGUUGCAGUGGGAGCCUUCCUGUCCGAUUCAGCUGUGGUGCUGAGGACACGUGCAGUCGUGCAGGUCCAAGCAUCUGUGCUGUUGCCACUGAGUGUGAACCUCAGCCACCCGCAGUGUACAGAAGGAGGCCGUCUUGCUGCAUGUGUCAACGCUGCAGUCUGCUUCCGCAUACAAGGAAAAAGCAUUGAUGGGCUCAUAGAAAUUCUAUAUAAUCUGACUGCUGAUGUGAAACGCAAAGAUGGUCUUUCCUCCCGGUUCUACUUCCCUGGGAAUGGGAAUUUGGGCGUGGCUGUGGGCCGGGUUGGCUUCCACCGUGGCAAGCACACCUGUGUUAGGCACAAGGCGCUCUUGCUGACAGACACACGGGACAUCUUCACCCCAGUUCACUUUGAGCUGCGGUAUGCACCAGGAGUUCAUACUCCGCUCCAUGGAGGACCUACCAAACUGCCCCUCCUCGCACCCCUCUUGCAGCAGUCAGGAUGGCAAAGCAACACAGUGGGAAACAAGACGGAGUUUGCUCGACACUGCCUGUUUUCCAACUGCUCACCCAACCUGCAGGUGGUGGCACACCUGGUGUUGCCACACACACAUGCCAAUCUGUCGUACCUAGCGCUGGGGAGUGGCAAGAACAUCUUGCUGAAUGUGGUGCUGGCCAAUGCAGGUGAUGAGGCAUUCCUCCCAAAACUCCACCUUAGGUUUCCCAGCAACAUCUACUUUGUGAAGGUGCAGGUAGCAGAGAAUGUCCGUGUGAACUGUGAGGCUGCAGAGGAAGAAAGGGUCAUUGUGGGGCUUGACUGCAACGUGGAAAAUCUGUACAUCCAGUCUCUGGCAAAGAUAAAUGUCAGCUUUCUGCUAGAUGUGAAUCUGAGCAGCAAUGCAGGAGACCAUAUCAUAGUGAUCAAUGCAACCUGUGAGAAUUUUGAAAAUGAAGAGUUUCUCCACGACAAUUCAGCCAGCCUAAAGUUGCCACUGAGAUAUGGCGUUGACCUAAAUGUUCAAGGCUCAGUUUCACCAUCAUCAUUUGUGUUUGGAGAUCAGGAGACUGUAGACUGUUCUAUGCUGAGGUUUAAUUACACCUUCCAGAUUCAGAAUGUUGGUCCAAGCCGAGCUCCUGACACUAGAGUAGACAUUGAUGUUCCAAAAACUUUGGCCCCUUAUCCCCACAGACUUCUUUCCAUUAUCAGAGCAGAGUCUUCCAAUGGCCAUUGUUAUCCCACUUAUUCCCCCAACAUCACCACCGCUGACUGCACAGUGCAAAGGCCCAGUUUCUUCAAUAACCUCUUCUUUUUCUUAUCAAAGACAAAGAAACGCAAAAUGUACUGCAUGAGGAGAGAUCCGUUGUGCUGGUACAUCGUAUGCGAACUGGUGGACCUGCAUAUUGGGGAGCAAGCUACAAUAACCAUCGAGGCGGAGCUGAACCCUGCUGUUCUGGACAUUUCACCAGGGAGGGAAGGAGUUAUGCAGCUGAACAGUGUUGCUAGGGUAACUCCCAAGGUGGACCCUUACACUCUGCCACUAAAGGAGGUUUCCUAUGCCAAGGUGGUCUUGGAGGCCUACUACAGCCAAAGACUGUGGGAGGAGGUGGCUCUAUUCAUCAUUACAGUCAGCCUGGGCCUCGGUCUGCUUAUUUUGUCUGCAAUAAUAUUCUGCCUCUGGAAGGUGGGCUUCUUCAAGAGGAAGUCUGACACAUCAGCGAUCCAGCGUGAGAGCUGUGACUUUGUCCCCAAGGGCGAGAGUGUCUCGUAAUCAACAGAAGCUUCGCCACUUCCUGAGGUGGAGGAGACUCCAGUCCUUGAGCACUGCACUGUCUGCUGGUUCACCUUCUUUCCACUAGUUUAGUUCAAGUCCCGUGUCAAGUAUGUGUUAACGGCACAUAUGAGCACUGUGAGCAUCAUGCGGUUGUGACCUGAACACCUGCAGACAUUGUGUCUUCACUCAAAGACAGCGAUCCAUCAC